AAUCUGAGCCAAUUGUCAUGUCAUUUGUGAAUUCAGAAUUGUGAUUAUUGAUCAACCAAUAUUCAACAGUGUAAUAUCUUUGCAAAUUACAAAGUAAACGUUUAACAAAGGAAAUUCUAACGAUUACCAACUAAACAUGGCACGCCAAAGCCUUGAAGUUGAUGAUGAUAACGAAGAUACUACUUCGGUUACUGCUGAACUUAAAAGUGCUAUAAAACAAGAUUUCAUGAAACAGUUAUUGAAUGGGCAAGACAAGAAUUUGAAGAUAGAAGAUGAAGCACUUAACAUGGUGGUUGAGGUAGCUAAGUGUCUUGUCAAAGACACUUGCCUCAGAGCCUCAAACCAGGCUUUACUGGAAGGUUGCAAUGAAGUAAAUGCUGAACAUGUGAAGAAAUGCUUUCCGAAACUGAAGCUGGACUUCCCAUAGACAAUAUCGCGUGAUAAAAAUGAAAAAAGAAAAACACUUAUACAAUAUUUAUUUAUAUCUAGUAGUAAAUGGUUUUUCUUGCAUUUAUUUUAAGCCAUUAUGAUCUCUUUUAAAAUAAUUAGUUAGAUAUUCUUUUUAAUGUAAUUACUAUGUUUAAAAAUGUCAACAUUCGUAAUAUGUAUUGUUAUUAAAAUAUAUGUUUUAAAAAACAGAAAUAUAUGUGAAUGUGAAUAUUAUUUUAAGUUCAGAAAACAUGCUCAUCAAUUUUAGCCUUGAUACCAGGCUUGAUAACUACAUAAUUUCAUAUCUAUAGUUGCAGAGUCAAAUAUUCAAUUACUCAGUCUUUUGUCACACACUUUUAGCGUAUAGUUUUUAGUUGUAACAUGAUACAGUGUGAGUACACACCUCACAUUCUCCCACGCAAGGAGCGAUAAGACAUCCUUCGCACGCAAAAUGUUUAUGUCGAGUAUUUUUACUGUUUUUUUUUUGUAUGAUAUGUGUGUGCGAUAAUGUUUACUAACAAACAAAACCGCCUACUAGUGCUUUAUUACCUCAUUCUGUUCUAUACUAAAUUGAAUAAUCUGUAGGAAAAUUAAUAGUACAUGCUGGGCUAAUUAAAACUUCUUACUGUACACACUUUGCUAUACUUAGCUAGGUGCUGUAAAAUACUAUAGCCACCACAUUAAGUGAACAUAAUUAUUUUUUUUUGUAAGUAAAUAAUCUGUGAUAACAAUCUA